AUGACUCGGUUCCCUUGUUCUUCCCAUUUUCACAGCUUCCUCCAAGCUUUGCCUAAAUGUGAACACCACCUUCAUAUCGAGGGAACUUUGGAACCUGACUUGCUUUUCGCUUUGGCUGCAAGAAACAAGAUCGACUUGCCUGCCUGGUUCCCACAAACCGUUGAAGCAUGUAAUAAAAGAUACGCUGAGUUUACCGACUUGCAAGACUUCUUAAAUCACUACUAUGUCGGCAUGAGCGUGUUGAUCCACGAACAAGACUUCUACGACUUGGCACUUGCCUACUUUUCUCGUGCUCAUCGCGACGGCUGUGUCCAUUCCGAAGUCUUCUUUGACCCUCAGGGCCAUGUGGAAAGGGGCAUUAGUGUAGAUGUGGUUGUCAAUGGGCUUAACAGAGCUUGUAAGGAUGCUGCUGCCAAGUUUGGGUCCACUUCGAUGUUGAUUAUGUGUCUUUUGAGGCAUUUACCUGCGUCGCUGGGCCUUGAGACUCUUGCAUCCACGGAAAAGUAUUAUGAAAGCGGAGUAAUCAAGGGUUUGGGUUUGGAUUCUGCUGAAAAGCCUUUCCCUCCUGAAUUGUUCGAGGAAUGCUAUGGUUCUUUGAAAGAGAAGUUCCCUGGUGUGAACUUGACUGCUCAUGCGGGAGAGGAAGGCGAUCAUACGUAUGUGACUAACUCUUUGGACUUGCUUAAAGUCUCUCGUAUUGAUCAUGGUGUCAAUUCUAAACAGUCUCCAGAAUUGUUGGAUCGGUUGGUUGCAAAUGACACUCUUUUGACCAUGUGCCCAUUGUCCAAUGUUAAGUUGCAGGUGGUGAAAGACGUGGAAGAAUUGCCAUACAGAGAAUUCUUUGACAAGGGUAUCUCCUUCUCGAUCAAUUCUGACGAUCCAGCUUAUUUUGGUGGAUACAUUUUGGAUAACUACGUGGCGGUGCAGACCCGUUUUGGCUUUUCUCCAAAGGAAUGGUGUACUAUUGUGCUUAACGGUAUCAACGGUUCCUGGUGUGGGGAGGAUAGAAAAGAGGAAUUGAGAAGCUUGGUAGACGAAGUUUAUGCCAAGUUUAAGGAUUUGAUUUAG